UAACCGAUCUUCUCCAGGCUGCGAGAGCGAGCAUAAACGAAAUAAUAAUAAACGAAGUAAUAAACGAAACCGCGCUGCUUUGUAUUCCGUGCAAAAAAACGCGCCAACGUUGCGCCAACACCGUUGCCCACACUCGCUGCCCACGCUCACUGAUACACUGCCUUCUGGUAUGGCCGCUGCUGCUCGGGUGAAGGCCGAGGACAGCCCGGUAGGCGAGGUGUUUGACGGUGGACCCAGACUGUGGACCCAGUGGACCACCAUUACACACGGGUCAAUGUUUCUCGACAUCUCUAGAGAUAUGCAGAGUUGGUUGAACGGGGCCGGGCACAAGUUCCAGCAAGGCUCUGCGUGCUACGAGCUGGCCCUGUCGAACCCAUGGCAAGACCGGGACAGGCUGUUCCGUGUCUACUGUGGCCGCUUCCAGUCUCGACCCCUCCUCAGUUUCGACCCAGACCGCCGCCGCGAGUCUUUCAGUGGACAUAUUGGCGAUACCCCACGCCCGGCGUCGUACUGCGGCUGCCCAGAUGACCCAGACCUGGCGGACUGGGUCUACGACCGGACAGCCGCUCACUCCGAUAAGUCGGCUGCCAUGAUCCAUGCGAGCAUAAACGGCCUGCGGUGGCAUUUCCGUGCCAGGUUUUACACAGGAGGCCAGUGCAGCCGUGACGCGACGAUGCUGCGCGGAUCCAGCCGAUCCAUGUACGUGUUCCCCUACAUGCGCAAGAAGCUGGGCGCUUACAAGGCGGAGAAGCAGGCUCUGAUGGCUGAGGACUUCGCGUUCAAUGCCAGCGACAAUGGCGGGUACCGCUUCAGUGAGAUUUUCGAGAGGCUGGGGUUGGGGUCCUUUAACUUGCCUUCACAUGACUAAUUUGCACUGAUUGAUGGACCAGCUGCAUUCCCGCAUGCCCAGGGAAGACGAACACGCGCCCUGAGGCUAGUGGAGGGGUCGAGGGGUUAGCCCCACCCUCAAAGGCAUUAAUAUUAAGGCAUUCAAGUCAACUGGUAAAUCUGCGCUAACUAACUUGGUGCUCAAGAACCGGCACUUGGGCAUAAACAUCUUGGCUAUGACACAGAACCUUAGAGCUAUUCCCAAGUCGAUUAGGACAAAUACGUCGCUAUUUGUUGUAUUUCGGUAUGCAAGUAAGCGGAUCAUCACGGAGGACCUGUACGAGGAAGUGAGCAACAUAUUGACCCUAGACCGAUUCGAGGAGGUGUACGAGUUCGCCACGGGCGGAGACCACUCGGCCCUGGUCCUGGACUUCACAGGGUCUAAGGAGUCACGCA